GCCCCAGCCCCAGCCUCUCCAAACACUGGAGCAGCAGCAGACGCGCCAUUCGGGCAGCUCCGCGCUAUCAUGGACCCUGAAGGCCUGGCACUCCUGCUGCCUCCUGCCACUCUGGCCACCCUGGCAGACAGCUGGCUCCGCGAGGACUGCCCGGGUCUCAACCCCGUGGCCUUGGUCACGGGGGCAGCCCCCUCACAGGCGGUGCUGUGGGCCAAGUCCCCCGGGGUACUGGCUGGGAGGCCCUUCUUUGAUGCCAUCUUUGCCCAAGUCAACUGCCAGGUCUCCUGGUUCCUCCCGGAGGGAUCCAAGCUGGUGCCUGUGGCCAAGGUGGCCGAGGUCCGGGGCCCAGCCCAUUGCCUGCUGCUGGGGGAGCGGGUGGCCCUUAAUAUGCUGGCCCGCUGCAGUGGUGUCGCCAGCGCUGCCGCCACCGCUGUGGAGACUGCCAGGGGGACCAGCUGGGCCGGGCACGUGGCAGGCACGAGGAAGACCACGCCGGGCUUCCGGCUGGUGGAGAAGUAUGGGCUCCUCGUGGGCGGGGCCACCUCCCACAGGUACGACCUGGGGGGGCUGGUGAUGGUGAAGGACAACCACGUCGUGGCAGCUGGUGGCGUCGAACAGGCGGUGCAGGGGGCCCGGCGGGCAGCCAACUUCGCCCUGAAGGUGGAGGUGGAGUGCAGCAGCCUGCAGGAGGCUCUGGCGGCGGCCGAGGCAGGAGCUGACCUUGUCUUGCUGGACAACUUCAGGCCUGAGGAGCUGCACCCCACGGCCGCGGCGCUGAAGGCUCAGUUCCCGACCGUGGGCGUGGAGGCCAGCGGGGGCAUCACCCUGGACAACCUCCCUCAGUUCUGUGGGCCCCACAUCGAUGUCAUCUCUCUGGGGAUGCUGACCCAGGCAGCCCCAGCCCUGGAUUUCUCCCUCAAGCUGUUUGCCGAAGGGACCACUCCAGUGCCCUACGCGCGCAAGUCCUAAAGCCGAGGAAGAUACACUGGCAGCGGGAUAACACGGUUUCGGGGGACCCUCAACGUUUCACAUCUCCAAGUCCGGUGGCCAUCAGGACACUCUCAGUGUUAGUCUGCACUAAGGUCCGGCUCUGCCACAUACUGCUUGUGUGACCUCAAUGACUGACUUCACCUCUACUGACCUCAGUUUCCUAAUCUGUAAAAUGGGUCGAAUCAAUCUCAUGGAUUUCUUGGGCUGAUAAUUAACACAGAGAAAGUGCUCAGUAUAUGUUAGAAAUGACCACCAGUUUGAAGCUAUGCUAUCCCCCCCCCCCCCCGCCCACACACUAUCUUCUCUGAAGUCACCUUUAAUCAAUGGUGUCUAAUGAUCGCUGUCAGCCAGGUAUCGGUUGUCACGUGGCCCUUGUGGCCCGUGCGUGCCACUUUGUAGAUACAACGUGAUCACAGUCUAUGUGAAAAUAAAUCCCAAAGAACUCUUUCAACAAGUAUCAAAUGGAAAUUGCAAGUGAUAAAAAGAAAGCAUUGGUUUGACAA